AUGUUAAAGGGUGAGCUUCACCGAAUCGUUGUGGGUUUGAUUUUGCCCUGCUCUCACUUUCCCUCUUCUCUAUCUAAUCACACGAUACCUCAGGUUCCAGCAUCCCCGAUCUGCAAUCAGUCGGCCAUCCCUUCCGCCUCGAGCCGACCAUUGCCUCCGCCAACGACGUCACCUCCGCCAUCACCGCCGGCAGCAAAUCCCUCCAGCUCCUUCAAAGCCUGUGAACGAAGAUCAACAUCGCCUCUCUCUCUUGCCGCCGCCACCACCGUCGAAGUCGCUGCUGCAGCUGGUGGACCUUACCAUUGGAUCCGAUUUCAGCUUUUUUCUCCAAGUUUUGAAAUCAAACGUUACGCUUUUCAUGACUGGGAGAUUAAGACACGUUGUGCUUGCAGUUUUAUUGUUUUUAGUUUUGAACAUCUUGAGAUCAUCAAAGCCGAAUUAGAAAAUGCAUGCCCUGGUGUAGUUUCUUGUGUUGAUCUUCUUGUGGUGGCUGCUUAUGAGAGUGUGAUUCUAGCCGGUGGACCAUUUUAUCCAGCUCACACAGAUUUGCAACAGGGGGUUUUCACUGAUAAAGAAACGUUCACUCUUUUAGGUGCUCAUAGUACUGGAAUGAUUCACUGCAAGUUCUUUGAAAAAAGACUAUACAACUUUGGUGGAACAAAUAAACCAGACCUAUCAAUGGAUUCUGAAUUUCUUGAAUUAUUAAGAUCAUUAUGCAACAACUGAUCCAAUCACCAUCAACAUGACCAUCACCAUCACCUUCUUCAUCAAAAACUAGAAGGUAGCAGGGAAUGAAGAUGGAUUAUGAAGGAAAAGGUUCAGGUUUUGGGAACUCUUUGACUUCUUCCGGAUGCUUUUGUUCUAGUUUAUAACCGUUGGAUUCUACUUCUGCGCCAUGUUAACACUUAACAGUGAUCACUGUGUACAUAUUCGUGAAGUCAUUUGGUCAAAGGAAUGGAAGUGGUUUUAUUGUUAGUGGUGUACAUUGCAUAUGUAUACAAUGCAGGUGGUUUAGUAUGCUACAUUCUUCUAAGUGUUAGCAGUUGGUUUAUGGCCAUUUCAUGGCGUUUUGCUCAUUAUUUGUUCAAUCCAUCCGGUUUCAAGUGGCAAAAGACGGUAGAGGACUUCAAAGACCGGACAAAUUAGCUCUUCUAUAGAGGUGGAAUUAGUGUUACAGGAGAAGAAAGUUGGGAAGCUUGGUGAGAUGAAGAAUUGUCUCAUUUUCGAAGAAGGGUUAUGGAGACGAUUUUGAGCCUACGGUUAUUCAUAUUCCGGUAUGGUGUUGUUUACAAAGUGGAUGUGCAAGAUUCAAAUACAUCAUUACCCGUAAGAAUUUGAAUUUCAAAAUCUAGACAAGUCCCAUCUUUUUCAAAGAGUUAUAUAUGCUUUAUUAUAAU